CGGUUCUCCGAUGGCAUCAGUUUUCAUACAUUCUCCGUAUACGACGCGUUAAAAUUAUUUUCAUAAAAGGAUCGCUCCGUUUCUACGUACGCUCGAUCGAAUGAAAAAAUAUGUGCGAUAAGAGCUGCAAGAUAUCGAACGAUUGUAUUUAAACGUCUCAGUCGUUUUCUCGGACGAAGAAAGACAAGAGAAUAACGAUCAAAUAUAAAUAGUGAAAAUAAAAAGAUGAAAGUCUCGCUGUUUUAGCACCGAUUGGAUUCGGUGAACCCGAUCGAAUAUCUUUAUAAUCUUAUUUAAUUAAACGAAAAGCGAGAUAAAAGAGGAAUCACGUGUAUAGGUCGAAAUAUCAUCAAUCGGUCGAAAAUAUCGUCGAAUAUAUUCGCUUAUUAACGAGACGAGAAUAUUCGCGCGAGUGCCACGGCCACGUCUAACCGAUCGACCGUCAGCCUCCAGCAUCGUUAUGUUCUCGAUCGAAUACAGCAAACAAUUCCUGAGCUACCGUAUACUCAAGUCGAACCGGUUCAAAUACAUCUGACGAUACGGACUCGGACUAAGUGCUAAAAAAAGGGGGUUGCGAAGGGCUGAGAAAGAGUGGCGAGUGCGUGUGUUUUAUGUAUUUUAUGCCGGCAACGACUUUGCGUUCCUACGGUCAGCUCAGAAAUCAAGGAUACAGGAUUCAAGGGUUCUCGAUAAUCAACAAGACCUGGAAAGUCUUGUAAUCUUCGCGUUCGAUGGAAGUAUACGACUUCCUCGACGAUUAGACCGUAGGACAUAAGCAAGCAAUUCCCUUGGCGUAGAUUCGAGACAAAUUUUUCGAAGGAACGAGGAAUAAUAUCGAUCUAUUAGCUCGUCGAAGGAGAAUGCUUCGUAAUUUGUCCUGAAACGAAAAGAGGAAAGGAUUGCAGGCUGGUACUUACUUUCCAGGUACCAUCUCAUUUAGGAUUAAAUCUUGUACAUUAAAGCUAGCUCAGGUUUUUGCCCUUAGUUGGAUCGGAAUUAAAGUUAGGAAAAAGAAAGAGAAAGAGGAAUACUAAGUUGGAUUUUUUACCGAAGGACAAGCAUCCGAAAGAGAUCUUCGAUCGAAGCAGCAAUUAAAACCGAAAUCUGCACGUCUUUGGUAGACCCGACGAGGUUCUUCUUUAAAAGGCAGCAAAGGGGAAAAGGGGGAAAGGGAAAAAAAAAGAAAAAAAUGAUCGUUUACGUUCCGGGCAGAAUGCCAAGCCACGUUGGUCCCUACGGUGCCGCUCGUUAUCCUGGCACCCUGCUAGGAGCGAUCCCGGGUUUUUACAACCCGGUUUCCGGUUACUCCAACUCGAGCUACUACGGGGGCUUGGGCCAGCAACACCAGCAACACCAGCAACAUCAUCACCAGCUCCAACAGCAACGCCAAGGAUCGCUAGACCUUCCGGUUUGGCCUCGAAGGAUGCCGGCCGAGGAGGAACUGGGAAACUCUCCGAGCGUCGCUCUGGUCGGCCUCGGUGUAUCCUCUCCCGCUGGACUCGGAAACGGAGGACCGCCGAGUCCUGCUCACAGCGACUCCGACGCUUCCAGUUCCAGUCUCGAGCUAGGUUCCGUUCGGAGGGGUGAAAAUGCCCAACUCAAAUGCAGAUGGCAAAAUUGUGGCAGAUGGUUUACGUCAUUGGAACAGCUUGCUGGACAUGUCGCGAGACUGCAUGCAGCGCCUGGUGCUCGAGGAUUGUUUUACUGCGGAUGGGAAGGAUGUGCGAGAGGUGAACGUGGAUUUAAUGCCAGGUACAAGAUGUUGGUCCACGUCCGUACGCAUACGAACGAGAAGCCACAUCAUUGUUUCCAAUGCGACAAGAGCUUCAGCAGGGCGGAGAACCUAAAGAUUCAUGCUAGAUCCCAUACUGGUGAACGACCGUACGUAUGUCCUGUCGAAGGUUGCAAUAAGGCCUAUUCUAAUUCCUCGGACAGAUUCAAACAUACCAGAACCCAUGCCGUCGAUAAACCGUACUGUUGUAAAGUCCCGGGAUGUCCGAAAAGGUACACGGAUCCUUCGUCCCUGAGAAAGCAUGUGAAAACUUACAGGCACUACGUGAACAACAAUGAUAAAGUGCAGGAGAAGAAUUUCGAUGAAAAUAGUUUACAGGAUAAAACGAGAUUCGACGCUACGUCACCUGAAAAACAAAGCAGUACCACCCAUUCCGAGUCUGACAAGAAAGACUCCAGUAUCGAAAGCAGCAACACCUCUUGCUCGAGCCCAAAGGCGAGCAAUAGCUUCGAGGAGCAGAAAAAUUUUGUCGAAUGGAACAAUAUGUACAAUUUGCAAGAUCAACGGAAGGAACAGGAAUUGGUGCAAAAUUCAUACGGACAGGAGGUAAAAAUUUAUUCCAAGAUUUAUGACGACAGUUACAUAAUACCGGAUAGAAUUCAAGUGAAUCCGAUCUACGGAAAUACGGCUGGUAAUACGAUUAUAAAGGGAUCCGUGAUGUCCCCUCGUACCAGUCCAGGACACGUUCCAGACGCAUUGCCAAUAAGAAUCGGAAUGCAAUCGACACCGAUCAAAGCCGAAGAAACCAUCGAAUGUCAAAGUAAAAUAAGUACCGUUGAUUAUAGAAAUAUCGAUUCCAUCGUGAACAGUGCACCCUGCAAGAAGGAGAGCAAUUCAAUCGUCGGUUGCGAUACUAUAAGAAACUCUGUGAUAAAGCGGGCCGAAGACGUUAAGAUGGAAGUGAUCGAGCAAAAGGUAACGAAGGAGGAGAUCAAAAAAGACAUGGUGGAGUGCUGCUGCCAUCACAAAUGUUGCGUUCAUAACAACGACAAUAUUUUAGAAAAAACCAAAAUACUUUCGGAUCUUAUUCUCAAAUCGCAGAAUCCUCUCUUUCGACAUCUUCUUGGUUCGGUGGAUCUGCAAUAUGGUUUGCAAAAUAUGUGGAGCAAUAUCAUCGACAAUACCAAUACCUGCGGGCAAGAUCUUAGAGUCAAAAAUGAGAAUAUCACCGAAAUAGAACAAGAUCUUCCAUUGGACCUAACAGUCAACAAGUAAUGGUGUAUCUAAAGGAAAUUUUUACAAAAAAUAUCAAAAGACUUAUCUUAAUUUCUGCCUUAAUAGGCCCAUCAAAUUGCAACGUAUAUAUGUAUGUGUAUUCCCAAGUGUUAAUCCAUUUGCAAUUGAUCAAUAUCGAAAGACAAUUUUGGUAGACGAAAAAUGUACUUUGUCUCAAAUUAUAAUAUUACGAUACUAUAUAAAAAUUAAGUAUUGACAAUUUUCACCGUAUAAUCCGGCGUCUAUGCGCUAUUAAUUGUGUGUGCAUAAUAUCAAUAAGAUUUUCUGUACAAUUCAAAAUCAAAUGUCGAUACACUAUUACGAUGUUUUAUAUUAAAAGGACAUACAUAUGUAAUAUAUGUAAAUAGAAAAAAUAUAUAUACAUAUAAAAAUA